GGGGGAUUUCGAGAGGAAGCUGACAGAGAGAGGAGAAAGAGGUUUAGGGUGAUGAGGCUCUGCAAGCCGUCAUUCCACGUGGAGCCUCCGCUGCAACUGGAUCCGAUCGACCUCCUCGUCGGCGAAGACAUCUUCGACGAUCCACUCGCUGCCUCUCACCUCCCUCCACUUAUCUCUAGACACGUUGCCAAUCCCAUCGACUCUUUCGAUCUAUGCUACCGCACCAGAUUCCUCCUCCACCACCCUUCUGAUUCCAUGGGCCUCUUCGGCCUCCUCGUCCUCCCUCAAUCCUUCGGGUCUCACUGCUUUCUCUCCCGUCAUUCACUUUGUUUGCCUUUUCUCUACAGUUUCUCAAUUUUAUUUAUUUUUCGUUGAACAGGGGGAUUUAUUUGGGAGAGACUUUUUGUAGCUAUAUCAGUAUCAACAACAGCUCUAACUUUGACGUUAGAGACAUAAUUAUAAAGGUUAUUAUGCGUAAUCUGUUGCCUUUCUUUUUGAUGAAUUUCCAUCAAACUGUUUGUUUGAGCUUUAAUUCGGCUUCUGGUUAGUGUUUACUAAAACAGCAUUUGUAAU